AUGGACGAUCUAUUCCGAUGUGCAAACAAAUACUUCAUGCUGGAAGAUGACGUCCGAGCCGCUACACAGCAGGUUCUAGUCGUUGGCCAGGCCGCGAGAAGUGAAGCCACCAGGAGCUUCAAGACUUCAAACCAUCCUGGGUCAUCUAACAGGGGAUGGCCAGGAUUAAUAAGAUCAAAUCCCUCAAAAAGGGAUCGCAACAAAAAAUGUGCGUACCAUAAAGAUCAUGGGCACACCACAGAAGCAUGCAGAAGUCUCCAUUAUCUAGUGGAGGAUCUCUUAAAGGUGGGACACCUAAAACAGUAUAUCCGCACGAUGCCCAAAAGUGGAGAACCCUCCCAUGGUCAUGGCCCACAUGCCCCAGCAGCUCCUAUUAGAGCUAUAAUCAACUACAUACACAGAGGGCCCUUGGAUGAUGAGUACAACUCUCAAAGAAAAAGACAGAGAUUGUUGCGGGCAGCCACUAUCCGGGAGCACAUAAGUUCCAUUCGGCCGGGAUUGGCCAAUGGGAGCAUUCACCCAUAG